CCUGUUUCCGUCGUGAGCUCUCGCAGGCUUUUCUCUCUUCGGAUCGAAUUCCCCACCAGUGAGGGAAACCCCAACCAACCCAACAAUUUAUUGAAAAAAAACGAAAAAAAGAAAAAUUCGUUUGCCUUCCGUUGCUUCAUCUCACCCAAAUCUGAAUUAAUAACGGAAUCCAAUCUUGUUGCUAGGAUUCGAUACCGAGAGGUCUUGCUUUCGCUCCUCGAUUGUGUCUUGCGUCGGGGAAAUUUAGGUUCAUCAUCUCGAUUUGUUUAGGUUUGAUUUUUCUCUGCCUAUACAGUGUUAUUCUUUUUCCAAUAUUCAGUUUUUAUCUUCUUUUGAUCUGUAUAUUUUGUUAUUAGAUUUUUUUUUUCCUUUUGCCGUGUUCUUCUGUUAUUGUCAAACCCAAGAGCUUAUGGGGUUGGACCUGAAAAAAUAAGAGCAAUUUUGUUUGCUAUUUGGGUUCUGUUCUUGUCUUCUGAUAAUCUGAUUGAUUUUUUUUUUGGCUAUUUUAUUUUUUCCCCCUCAAGUUUUUCUCAGGAAACUCGGUGAAAAUUUUGGUGCGUUGUUUUAGUUUGCCAUCCGAAUUCGAGGGUUUUCUUCUUGUUAGAUCGUCCAGAACCUUCUUUUUUAUUUCUCCUUUUGUUUUCCGCUCUACAUCUCUACUCAUUGUUCACCUCCUCAGAGAAAAAAACGGAUAAAAAAAAAAUUAGGGUUUGCGGAUUAUCUUUUAGUUGGGGUAUACAUAGAUAGAUGAGAUGGCCUUGAACUUCUCGCAUCGACCCAUCUUUGCGGCUCACGAUGUUGACAAUUGCUUCGAUUAUGGAAGGGAUAGAUGUGAUAGGCCUGGCUCCCAGGAGUCUGUGUCGAAGGACAUUCUUGACCUUUUGCCAUCGGAUCCCUUUGGCAUGGAUAUCAGUACUACCUUCACGGCCAUCACAGGAUGGCUAGAGGAUUUGGAGGCUGAUUACGUUGGAUACAGAGGGAAGGACGUUGGGCCAAGUGAUGAUAAUUAUCAGCUCGUUGCUGGAUUGAAUUUAAUUUGGAACAAUGCGAUGAGGUUCCAUGCGUUUCCAGGCAGCUUGUGCGUUGAGAACAAGCCACCCAUCGCAAGUGGUCUUGGUGACUCUUUUCAGAAAGAUGUUGGAGUUGCUUCGUGCAAUGACGACUUCGGAUCUUCUUGUAACACGGGUGACAUGGCGAGCUUUGGCUAUAAACACUCUGGGAUUGAUUGUUGGUCCACUAACACGUACAUGGAUGGUGGGAAUCACCCAGAAGGAGGUGAGCUAGCUCAUCAUUCUGCCUUAGGUUAUGCUCUCAGUUAUCUGGGUGUGCGUGACCUUCUUGCUGUUGAGAGCGUAUGCAAGUCUCUGAACUCUGUAGUCCGAGGAGAUCCUCUUUUGUGGAAGAGUAUCCACAUAGACCAACCUAUCAGUGAGAAGAUUACUGAUGAUCUUCUUUUGCAAUUAACUAAAAGGGCGCAGGGUAAUCUUCAGUGCCUGAGCCUGGUGGAGUGUACAAGGAUAACAGAUGAUGCUCUGAAGCAGGUUCUUGACAGCAAUCCCAAUUUAACCAAGUUGAGUGUUCCUGGAUGUACAAGACUCAGUGUCCAGGGUAUUGUGAGUAUCCUUAAGGAUUUCAAGUCUACUGGUGCACAUGGAGUGAAGCUCUUGCGUAUAGGUGGCCUUUAUGGUGUCACAGAAAAACAUUUUGAAGAAUUGAUGCUUUUGUUGGGCACUGAUAGCCAGAUGUUGCAGCAGUCUCGCAAACCACAUUUUUAUCAUAGGGGAAGCUUAUAUUUGUCCGAUGAUGAUGACUGUGCCAUAGAUAUUGAGAUGUGUCCAAGAUGUCAGAAUUUUAGGCUGGUAUAUGAUUGUCCAGCAGAGGGUUGCCAAGGGAUGGGGCAUGCUGCUCAAGUGUGCCGGGCAUGCACUCUUUGCAUAGCUCGAUGUAGUCAGUGUGGACAGUGCAUUAAUGACAACGAAUAUGAAGAAACAUUUUGUCUGGAAAUACUUUGCGCUAGCUGUGCAGAUAGUCAAGCGCCAGCGGAGGGAACCAGAUAGGGAAGGCUUCUGUUCUUUUUAAACAGGGUUAUGGCUUUUAUUCUGGUAGGGGCUGGAGGUAAAAUACAUGUGCGGGUGUGAUAAGUUCAUUUUUCUGAAGAGAAAGAGAAUUACUGAUGAUUCAAAGCUCAAGCAAAAAAAAAAUCUAGGAACAUCUCAAAAUAUGCCCUAUGUUAGGAACUUGUGAAUUAUUGUUACAGGGUUCACCUGUUUGAGAACUUCUGCUGUCAUGGCUUGCUAUUUUCUAUCAUCACACUUUGUGUUUGUCUUGCUGAAGAAAAUACAAAAAAGAGGCUGAAGAAAAAAAAAGAAAAAGAAAAAGAAUUUAUAGAUGUAACUCUUGAGAAGGGGGAAAAUAUUUUAGAGAGAUGGCUGCUUACUCCUCGGAAACAGAUUAUUUUAGGGAAAUCCUUACCAAGAAUAAGGUCACAUGAAGACUUGAGAAAUAUUGGGUUGUGCUGGAGUGAGGUGUCAUUUUGAUGCCCGUGCCAUUCACAGUGGCAGAGUUUUCAUACGGUGGAGAAGCGGAAUUGGUUUCAGUUUUGAUGUUCUGCACGUAUGGAGAAGCUCUAUUGUAUCAGCAGUAAUAUGGAGGCGAUUGGUUCCAUCGUACUACGGUUAUUGAUCACCUCACCAUUGUUGUAACGAACAUUUUUUCUGGUUACGUGGCAGUCUAAGUUACGGAUGCUGCAGUUGGAGGUUUUUUUGGCUGCUAUGCAGCCUUCAUGAUUAGCUGUUUUCUCACAAUUCGCUGUGUUUUGGUGCAUGUAUUUUGUUUAUUCUCUUCCUCCUUGCAUACAGGGGAGGGGACAAGAUAAUAAUGAAGGGGAUAUCAAGUGACACAUUUCACUUUUUAUGCCUCUUUCAAUUUGUGUGUCUUUCACUCUUUCUACGUGUGUCGGGUGAAAAUAAAAUGAACUCUAGAAUCUGUUGUGUAUAUUUGCGAAAGAAUCUCUUUUGACAAUAAUGUGCUGCUCUAAUGCCUUUUUCAUUGUGUCUUUAUUAUGUACUUAGGUGGUGGCUUUGUUUGGCCAGACUACUUUUAUUAGAAUGUAUCACACUAGUUCUGAUUCAAAGAAUGUAUCACUAGUUAC